AUGAGUAUCAUUCAACUCAGUGAGCCGGCUCGAAUUCGUUGGCACCACAUGAUCCAAAUGGCCGAUUUAACAACCUCAGCCAUGCGGACUUCCACACGGAUCUCGCUUUACCGCUCGCACUCAGGUGCUGCUACGGCCGAGAAGUCCAUCCCACGCACGAUUGGCCAAGAAUUCGGGACGCUUGCAAGCCCGGCAUCAAGCCGAGAUCUGAUUGGUCGAAUGUCUGGACCAAACAGCCAAUCAUGA